AUGAGCACCGUGACCAAAGCGCUGCAGGUGGCCUCAUUGCUGGGAGUGGGGGCCACCGUGGGCUCCGUGCUCUUUGCGCUGGUGACCCCAGGAGAGCUGCAGAAGAAGGGCAUGCUAAAGGAGAUGCCGGAGCAGAACCCGCCGCUCAAGGACGAGGCAAGCUGGAGGCAGCAGCUGGUGAUGGAGACGCUGCAGAAGGCCGCGGCCACGCAGGAGGACGUGGCCUGGAGGAAGCGCUGGUGGGCUAGCAACCCCAGGAGGUCGGAGUGAGACGGGCCGGCCCUUCUCUGCGAGCCAAGCGGGGAGUCCUGACCUGGAAUGU